GAUAUUUGAAGAUGAUAAAUAUUUUUAUUUUUAGCAAUUUCUGCUUUUAUUUAAAAUUAAGUUAAUGAUGAGCUAUGAUCCCAAAAGAGGACACUUUAUGUUGGUAAUUAUUUUUAUGUGCACAAAUCUUUAUUGGCUAUAUGCACAUGUAUUAUUUUGAAGCUGGGACUGUGCUGGCUGACCUGACACAUCCGGUUGCCAGCUGAGAAUUUAAUGGCAUAUCUGCUGGUGUAGUGAGGACAGAAUCCUUCUGGUUCCCAUUACAAUGCUGGAUCCAGCGUCCCGCUGCUCGGCUCUGCUUCUGUGGAUCCUAUCUGCUCCUCUGGACCCUUCACGUCUCAGUCAGUGCUGAUGACUAUGAUGUAGCGAUGUGUGUUUCCUGGCAGAUUUUGACUCUAAUCUCUACCUGGUGACAGGACCCUGGACAUAUAAUUUCUGUCACCGCCUGACUAUUUGAGUUCCUGACCACCCUAAAUUAUAGUCAGCCAUGCUGGAUGCAGCUGAAUAACGAGUAGCAUUGGGGGUCUGGCCUUGAGUUUUUUUUAAACUCCCUUGAAAAGACUGCCAUAUUUGUGUUAGAAUGAGAAACUAAGUGGGGGAAAAGUGGAACGUAAGUUAGACUAAAGGGGCCAAAGUGCAUUGGGUUUGUGGCAUAAAAGAAGAGCCAUCCUGUCAGUAGGUUGGCAGCACCUGAGGCAGCCAGGCCCCGAGGAUGACCAGCCUGUUCAAGCGCAGCAGCAGCAAUGGAGGCUCUGGAAGCAGUGGAAGUGGUGGUGGGGGUGGCAGUGGCCAGGGGCAGCUCAACAACAGCAGGCCCAACCGGCAGGUCAGACGCCUGGAAUUUAACCAGGCAAUGGAGGACUUCAAGACCAUGUUCCCCUCUAUGGACUAUGAGGUGAUUGAGUGUGUGCUGCGCUCCAACAAUGGAGCCGUGGACGCCACUAUCGACCAGCUGCUUCAGAUGAGCAUUGACGGACAGGGCUCGGAUGACAGCUCAGACUCUGACGACAGCAUCCCACCAGAGAUUCUGGAGCGAACACUAGAACCUGACAGUUCAGAUGAAGAACCACCUCCAGUCUACUCUCCACCAACGUAUGAUAUGCACAUUUAUGACAGGAAAUACCCAGAAGCCCCACCAACACCCCCGCCAAGAUUUGAAGCCCAGCCACCUCCAGGUCACAAACAGGUCAGGAGCUACCGGAACUGGAACCCUCCUUUGCUCGGAAAUCUCCCUGAUGAUUUUUUGCGGAUCCUGCCACAGCAGUUGGACAGUAUAAAGCAGGGCUCUCAGAGCAGUCUGUCCCAGCCUUCAUCAUCAUCAUCUUCCUCAGUUUCUUCAAUAAGCCAAUGGACAGCCCAAUCUGCUUCUCAGUCUGGAGCUGCAGGGACCGCUGGAGGUCCAGGUUUGACCACAGGAGCUACAGAACAAGACAAGAAACUGAAACAGUAUCUGGAAGACGAGCGCAUUGCCCUGUUCCUACAGAACGAGGAGUUUAUGCGAGAGCUGCAGCGCAACCGCGAGUUCCUCAUCGCUUUGGAGAGAGAUCGCUUGAAGUAUGAAUCAAAGAAAUCAAAGUCCAAUCAUUCAUCUAGUAUGGAGAAUUCCACAGGAGAACAGUACUCUGCAGCUUCAAUGGAGGCAGUCUCAGAUGAUGCUCUGUUCAGAGACAAACUCAAACACAUGGGCAAAUCAACAAGAAAGAAGCUGUUUGAAAUUGCAAGAACAUUCUCAGAAAAGACAAAGAGGAGAAAGUCAAAAAGGAAGAUGCUGCUGAAGCACCAUUCACUGGGCACAGCCAACUCGACAGCUAAUCUUCUCGACGAUGUAGAGGGAAACCCUUCUGAGGAAGAUGGUCAGCCCAGAAGAGCCAACACUCAGGAAGAGAAUGAACAACGCAAUGAGCCAACAUUAUGAUCCUCCUGUGCUGCACCAUAUCAGGGUUACCAUGGCGACAGCAGCAUGACCCAUGGGUCGUGGCCUUGCAGCUCUUCCUGUCUCCACCUUCUUACCCCACCCUAAUCCAAACCAGCCAAUGUAAGGCUCAGUAAUGGGUUGAGACCCCCCUCCUUCUCAGGGAGAGGAGCUGGACUGUUCUCAGCCCUGGCCUGACUGUCUAUAAAUGCAUUAUCUCUGUGUUAUAACACUUUGUUAAUAUAUCAUUUUAAAUGUAAAGGAAAAUGCAUUAGUCCUUCCAGUAUUUGUUAAUGGCUUCCUUUAAUCCACUGAGAGCGUAGUGAUGAUCUUGCCAUAUGAACCUUCAUAACUUUUCCAGACUGUGUUUCUGACUGGUUUCCCUCAGGCUUGGCAUCUCAGAUCUAAAGUGUGCACAUGCUCCUUUAUAUACACUAAACCAUGUAGAGCUUCUUCUUUUUUUUUUUCUUUUUUUUUUUUUUACCAUUUUCUUAUUAAUGAGAUUGUAAUAUUCAACUGUUUUUGAACGUCACUAUGGCACCAUGUAACUGAAAACUCUUAUGUGUUAGAAUUCUGUUUUGUCUGCCCGAAUGUCAAUUAACCAGCUGAUCAUAUUUAAAGGACUGUGUUCUUAGAAAACAUGUUUGGGGCAGUUCACUUGAAGGCUGCAGCAUCAGGAGCAGUUUACUAGUUUGGUUUGUUUGGCGAGGUGAAAACAGUGUCAUUCAGUCCGUUGUAGCACCAGUAACAGCACAGCAGUCAGAACAGAUGGAGCACCAUGAGCAAACAUGGGUACUUGCCUUCUAAGUUUCAACAGAAUGACUUAAUAAAAACAAUUUAAAAACCA